AUGCACAGCUUCAGCCUCAUUACAAUCGUGGCCGCAGUCGCCGGCCUGGCACAACCCGCCAUCGCCACCUACCAAACAGACAAGGGAGCACAAAUCAACUUCUACACCGACAAAAGCUGCACCAAGUACGCCGGCGAGGCGGCCUGCUGGUGGAGCAAAUCGCCACUCAUCGGUCGGAUGGUCAACGGCGGCCAGGAGGCCGAGUGCUUCCAACUGAACAUGCCCGGAAACUCUCUGUCGAUCAACACCGCAAACAUCUGGUCCAAGGCUGGGGGGCAAACUAGGGGCAACUGCUACCUGUUUGACGACUAUAACUGCAAGGGGAACUCUGUUACGUCAAACUACGUCCCGGGUUCUGGUACUUGCUUCGGUUCAAGGAGUAAGGAUGGGUGGCUGUGGAAGAGUGCUUCUUGCGCGUCCGUCUAA